GAAGCAUUGAUAGACAAAGGCGGGUUGGCUCAGUCGAUUCGCCGAUAUCAACGCGUACGGAUCAUCCAGAAAUGAGCGGAAUAAACGAUGCACAUUCUGAGAGUGUAGGUGCAAGAAGUGAAGGGGCAGGAGAAGAAGCAAUAAGUGAGCAAAAAGCUCUAACUACCACUUCGGAAGAGAAUCAAAAUUCCUGCGCAAAGAGAAAGAUCGACGGAGAAUUUGAUGAACAUGUUUUAAGUUCAAAGCGGCCAGAUUUAGUAAUUGGGGAUCAACAAAUUGCAAAGGAAAAUAAAGAGAGAGCCUCGUCUUCUAAGACACCACACAAAAUCUUCGCACUGGACACCUAUUGCUGGGAUAUCAUACUGUCUUAUCUUAGCCUGAGUGAUAAAAUAAAACUUGCUGCCUCAAAUCCUCAUCUUACAAAACUUUACGAAACUUUACAGCACAGAUAUAGUCGCAUUACUGAAAUCGACUCAGCAAGUAUCGACGGUACCGAGUUGGCACACUUGCUGGAAAUCGUCAAUGAGUAUGUGAUCAGCUAUGAGUCAACACUGGACCUUCAGUCCACUGACGAACAAAAUUUGUGGCUGUUGCGAACUUAUUGUCCCAAAGUGCAGCACCUGAAAAUGACUUUUCGAAGGCCCAGAUGGCACGAUUUAAAGGAGUUGAAGAGUCUAACAUCAUUACACGUCCAAUUGAACUUCGGAAGAGCAGAGACCUAUAAGGAUUUUAUUCUCACACUGAUGGAGUUGACUCUUCUUAAGAAACUUAACUUGGAGGCGCCAGCUUAUAAAGGAGAUGGAUUGCAUGUCCUGGAGAAUUUGGAGUCCCUUGAGAUCGGCGCCCGACCCGGUUUUGAUGGUGACUGUUUGGCUAUAUGUUGCAUGAAGUUAAAGAAGUUGCGCUAUCUAAAUAUCGGAAAGUACAUCGACAACCUAACUGAGGAGAACUUCAAGGUGAUUGUGAAGAACUGUCACAAUCUAGAGAGGUUUUCUUUUGGAGAUCAACUUUUGGACUUAGUGCCCUAUGAGAUCGUCUGCCAGUUGCCGAAGCUUAAACACGUGCAGUUGUGGCAUUCGGAUAAUCUUAGACCUCAUUUCAUCGAGGGACUGAUUAAUAAACCAGGCACACCGCUGGAAAGCCUUAUUUUAGUGGGUUUCGAAUUGAGGGUUGAACAAGUUGAUCAUAUCUGCGAGAUUGCUUCGCUUCAGGAACUUCGCAUCGCCUGUGAGAAUGCUUCUUUGAAAGGCCUAAUGAAUCUGAAGAAUCUUAAAAUCCUGGAUCUGAACAUGCCAGAUCUGACCAAUAACCAGCUAUUGGCGCUUUUGGAAGGCCUGCCUCUUUUGACAGUACUUGGUGUCCGAAAAUGCAAGUUAAUCACCUCGGAAUUUGUCUCACAAGCAACUCGAUUGUAUAAUUGUAGAAAGAUAAAAAUCUAUUUGCAAGUCUCUGCCAAUGAUUGGCAUAAACUCCGGAUUUCAAAUGAUAGUAAAUCACUUCAAUUCCAAAGGGGUUAUUUAAGCUACCCAUAUUGAUAAGCCAAGAGCUUGUAAAGUUCUGGUUGAUAUUAAUUUUUUAUA